GCGGCCGGGUCGCUAGGGUGUUUCGCGUUGCCGUACUGGCAGGCUCCUCAUAACAGUGUCUACUUUGUAACAUGGCAGAUCAAUUUGUGUUGUAUUAUCAUGUGACGGGGAAAAGCUCUCGUUGAUAAGACGGUCGCUGCGCAAACUAUUGUGUAUUCUCCUCGCGAGGGAAACGUGCUGUCAGGUUAAAUCACCGUCGUAAUGGCGGACAUGAAAAGUCCACCGUUCAGUGACAUUAAACGGCCGGAGGAGGUGGUGGCGAUGGCGAUGAACGACAGCCUGAAAUUCGCCGUGCUGAUCGGGCUGAUCGAAGUGGGACAGGUGUCGAAUCGGGAAGUUGUCAACACCGUGCUUCAUCUGGUAAGUCGAAAUCAAAGCCUCGCCCGGAGAUCAAUCGCAAAAGUCUGUCCAUCAGCGGUGGUGAGUGUUACUUGCGUAAAGUUUCAAGAUGCAGGAGAUUUAUUUAUUGUGUAUACGCGCUAUUUAGAAUGA